AAUCUGGACAAUCGGACAGCUCUAGCCAACAGGGAGACACGGACAUCAAGCCGCCCCCCAAUGGACACCUGAGUUUUCAGGACUGCUUCGUCACCUCAGGAGUGUGGAAUGUGACGGAACUGGUUCGAGUUUCACAGACUCCUGUAGCCACAGCGUCAGGGCCUAACUUCUCAUUGGCUGAACUGGACAGCAGUCCCAGCUACUACAACAUUAACCAGGUGGCUUUGGGACGACGCUCCCUCACCUCCCCUCCUUCCACCAGGUCUGAGGUGGAGUUGUACGCAAAUCUUCCACGGAGCUCCACCAAGAGGAAGUCCUUAGAUGACAGUGAGCUGGAGAGCCCCACAGAUGAUGUUUUUUAUCCUGGACGUUCGCCUGCUGCCAGCUCUUCCCAGUCCAGUGCAUGGCCCAAUGACAUGGAUGCAGUGCAGCACCAUUUGGCGAGUGUGCAGGAGAGGAAGAUAAAACAUGAAAACGAUGGCGUGCAGUUUCCUUACCAUG